GCGAUUAAAAUAAAAAGAAUAAACGACCGUUUACAGUUGCCUAGCAACGUAGUGAUUUGGCGGGUUCAUUGACAUUUUUCUAUUCCGUGGUUCGUCCGGUCGUUGUUUUCAUCAACUGUUGUCAAAGCUAUCCAUUUCAUAACCCUGGACCAGAUGCAUAAACUGCUUAGACAAGUCUUUAAAAAAUUAGUCAUCUAUUUUGUUUUCUUCGUGACUGGUUAUAACGUUUUAGUCAGAUACAAAAAGGUAGAAUGACCCAAUUUAAAUCACAAAAGUAAGACUGACAACCUCUUGGCUAACUGCUAGCUGGUCAAACUAGCUCUAAAGACAGCAUAGUGGCUAUUAUCUGAGUACUGGGGGAUUUAUUAGCAUGUGUUUAUAAAAAUGCGUUGAACUGGCGGACAGUAGUGUCGCUAGAGGGCAUUAUUCAUUCACCAGAAGAGAGAACAGCACGAUCACAUCCAGCAGAAACUACAGCAGACACAUCUGAAGAUGCGCUCGUCCUCACGCGGAGAGCAAAAGAGAAAAACAAGAGGAGAAAUUCUGCGAAGCCAGCAACAAAUUAUGUGUUCAGACAAGAAUAUGAAAGAUCCCGGUGCUCUGACAGACCAGUAAAAAGAGACGAUGGGAGAAGACAACAGGACCACCUCCACCUGCACAUGGACUCUCAUCCACCCAUCGGGGAGCCCCCAUGACCUCAUGCCAAAUUACGACAUCCCCCUGGAUUACGAGGUUCCGGUGGACGAGAUCCCAGACACGACCCAGGGACGAGCGUUCUUCGUGGCUACAAUCGUUAUCGCGGUGGUCCUGGUCUGCAUCAUGCUGGUCUGCGGCGUUGGGAAUUGCCUCUUUAUAGCCUCAUUGGCACGCUACAAAAAACUAAGGAAUCUUACCAAUUUACUCAUCGCCAACUUGGCAAUAUCAGACUUCCUGGUGGCCACAGUGUGCUGUCCCUUUCUGGUGGAUUAUUACGUGAUCAAGCAGCUGUCAUGGGAUCACGGGAUUGUGCUUUGCGUCUCCAUUAACUACCUUAGGACUGUGUCUCUCUACGUGUCCACCAAUGCCCUGCUAGCCAUCGCGGUGGACAGGUACAUGGCUAUCGUUCAUCCCCUGAAGCCCCGUAUGAAGUAUGAGACAGCGUACUGGAUUAUUUUCGGAGUUUGGAUAAUCCCAGUCCUCAUUGCGGUACCGUCGGCCUACUUCGCUACAGAGCACGAAUACCCGCACAGCUCACUGGGCCACGACAAAAAGAUCUUCUGCGCCCAAAUCUGGUCUGCAGACCAGCAGCUCAUGUAUCGCUCCUACUUCCUCUUCAUCUUCAUCGUGGAGUUCCUGGGGCCCGUGGUCACCAUGUCAGUCUGUUACGCGCAGAUCUCCAGGGAGCUGUGGUUCAAGAAUGUCCCGGGAUUUCCGACGAAGCAGCUGCGUAAACGGCUACAACAGCGGCGCAGGACGGUGGUGGCACUGAUCGCAGUUCUGGCAGCAUACGUUAUGUGCUGGGCACCAUAUUAUAGUUUCACACUGCUGCGUGACUUCUACCCGGCGCUGAUCACACGUGGCCGUAACUCACUGGUAAUUUUCUACAUCAUCGACUGCAUCGCUAUGAGCAACGGGGUCAUUAACACUCUGUGUUUUGUCAGCGUUAGGAAUAAUGCCACAAAGUGCUUUAGAGCCGCCAAAAUUGCUAACUGGUGCUCGCUAACGAGAGUGAUCGUUGGAAAGAUGGCGGAAGAUGACAUUAGGACUUCAUCCUUGCGAGUGACAGAGGAUGUGGAAUGUACACGAAUAAAGAGAAAUGAUGGAGAAAUAAACUAAAAGGUGAUACAAGGCUUCAACAAUGCCAUCAUGGGGGUCAAGAAAUGUCCAUAAAUCUGGAAGGAGCCACAGAGACAUGAAAACGUUAUUUACGGGAACAAAUAAAUUAAGAAGGACUUGUUUUGGAAGCCAAAAAAACAUGAUAGACCAGUGAUAUGGUUCGGCCAAGAGUUGUGAUAUGAAAAAUUGAUUAGAGACUGGCUUGUGUGAAUGCUCCCAGAUUAAUAUAUUAAAGGGGUCAUAUGAUGUUGCUAAAAAGAACAUUUAUUUUGUGUAUUUGGUGUAAUGAAAUGUGUUUAGGUGGUUUAAGGUUCAAAAAACAUUAUUUUCCACAUACUGUACA